AUGUCAUUGUUUCCGGCGGGCAAGUACGCGCGGUACAAGCGCGCCACAGCCUUCUUCCUCGACUGGCUGCUGCGUGCACGCGGUGGAGGCCGGCAUGCUGGCCAACGUGUGCAGCUGGAGGCGCUCAACGACGUGGUGAAGGAGAUCGCGGCAGAUCCGUCGACACUCACGCCAAAGCUUCUACAGCAACUGCCCAAAGCCCUUGCUGCAUGCCAAUACGCCAUUACACUGCGUGAGCAUGUGGCUUCAUUCUUCCCUGAAGAUGAUGAGGGUCAAGUGGGCCACCAGUAUUUCCUGGGGUUGCUGCAGAGUUGGCAUCGCACGCUUCGAGGAGUGGAAGUGGAGACAUUCCCAGAACUCGAUGACUUGCAAUUGGAAAACUCCAAACUUGAGAAUUACUAUGAAGUGUUGCAAGUGGAUGAGGACUAUUUCCCAGACGAGUCAUCCUUUGUACCUGAGAAAGACGCUCCAAAGAGUGCCAAGGUGGACAGAGAGCGUCUUUUUGAAGAGGCUUUCGCGGACGAGCUGAGGAUGGAGUUGGUGUACUUGUUCAUGGAGCUGGACGAACUGCUGGAAGGUGUAUACAAGGUAUACAGUGAAGUGAAACAGGAGAAGCGGUCAUUGGUGGAGGCGACGGUAGUAGUGAAGCUGGCGAUGGACACAGCCAGCGCACUGACAGCGAGACUCCAGCUACGGUACCCAUCGCUCCGGUCAGCAAAGGAUAUGUUCAAUAUCGUGAGAAACAGCUCACUAAAGAGCUUUAGACAGAAGAUUCUGCAGCUCCACGAGCGUAUCAUGAGCGAGGUCAGUGACUCGUACCAGCAUCGCGAUGGAACAAUCAAGUACGUGCCGGGAACAUUUUUAAUUGACCUGCUGGGUGUGGGUACGACGUUGGACGCGUUCAUAGCGUAUAUCCCGGUCGGUGCUACCCACUCGAUCUUCUUCCCGCCCGGAGUGUUUGGAGAUGCGUAUGGCGAGGACCGAACGCCACUUUAUGUCUUGACUCCAGACACCAACAACGACAAAGUUUUUCUCAUGCAACAGUUGCCACUGCUGUAUAACGCUCUCGCUGAUAGAAAUGUGGCUGUACGGCUGGGACGCGACUUGGCUCCGUUGGGCCCGUUCAUGGCGAUCAUGGAUACGUUCUUCAAGACGCGAGAGGUGACACUCCCAGUGGCGUUUGCGUGCAUCUGUUGGAUGAAAUCUGUGGCUGCUUUGCAAGGACGUCGAGGUCUCGGUCGCACCGUCAGUCUCACGUUCCAGCACUCGAAGGACUUGCAGAAGCGGAUCGAAGAGGCAGUGGAAAACAGGAAGGCGUUGCUAGCCUACAACAAAGCUAAUAGUCUUCUGGAGCGCUGCACUGGAGAGAUCAAACACUUUGUGCCGCUUUACCACAUUGCGCGUGCGAACCCUCUGUUCGCGGGUCUUACGGCGCUAAAUCAUCAGUUCCAGUACUUACACAUCGCGAACGAAGUCCUGUUUGCCACGUCGAAGCUCCGCGCAUUCGGUCAUUUGUACAACGCGCUGGUGCAGGAAGGACAUCUGGAGCGUAUCCCUUUUUUCGACGAUGUGUACGAUGUAUACGGUCAAGAAGUCUUUGCUCCUUCUCGAGCUGCGGCGACACACGGUGCUUACUAUCGUACGUAUCUGAUUAGCUCGAAUCUACGCGUUAAUCUGAUCGAAGCAGUGUAUCGCGGCGAGGAGCUGCCUGCCCCGAGUGAAGCUUAUAAGAAAAAGAAGGCGUUCCACUUGAGUGAUGUCUCGGAGAUAUUCCGACUGAGUAGGCUGAACGACAAGUCCAUUUUGAAGGGUGGAUCAUGGAAGGAUAUGCUGGAAGACGUAGCAAACCUUUGCUCGAGAGAAUUAUUUGAGACGCGCGUGCUGUCUCGUGAUUUACUGAAGCUGAACGAAGAUCUCACAGAUCUGUUUCCCGAUUUGGUCCGAGUGCUGGGGCAGCAGGAUUGCUUCAGUAACAUCAUGGACAACUCGGUAGCUGGGGAGUCUCGUCAGCAGAGAUUAAGUCGGGCUUUGGAAGAAUCGGUGAUGAGGAAGGCGAUGCCGCUGCUGGACGCCUUGCAGUCAGACGGGUCGAUUGAUAUCAGCGCAAUACCAGGUGCAAUGUCUGCUACAGUGGCUAUGGAUGCCUUGCUUGGGAAGGAGCUGUGCAGUGAGAUUGCUGCUGUGAUCAACGCUAAAUUCUCGACUACGUCUGAAGUCUGUGAACAGAUAUACUUUACGUAUCCAGCUCAGCCAGACUUUGUCACCCAGGAGUAUGGAGGUCCAGACCCAGACACGAGGAGAGAGGAUUACGAGCAAGUGUUUGAAGAUUUGAUGAAGCUGCUGCGAGAAAGCGAUGGUCCACUAAGUGCAAGCGAUCUGAGCUACUUAAAGGCAGAGCUCAAGAAGGAUCCGAACUUAUUGGGAUUGAUCUCGAGUGAUCCAGACCCACACGAUGCUACAAAGUAUCGCGAACUCUGUAGCCUGCUUCACGAAGCCGCUGCUGGCUCUGCACACGACGCGGAUCUGGUCGACUGGAUGAUUCAAAUGGGAGCUCUCAUCAUUCAGCCAACGCUGCACUGCCGGGAGGAGCCUCAGCUAAAGGAUUUGAAAACCCCUCGCUGGAUGUACCCCAACACAAUGGCUGUUCACAACGCUGCAAUAGCGGGCCAUGAAGACAUCGUUCGCGUUAUCCUCGGAGCAGACAACAUGAUGGAUUUGAAUAUUCCCACCUUUCACACGAAGGAAACGCUUGCGCAUUUGGCUGUCAAGAACGGCCACAAGGAUCUGUUUAACAUCUUACGGGCAUUUGGAGCCGAUCUUCGGAUCAAAGACGGCAAAGGACAAAGUGUGAGUGAUGUAGCCCCCGAUAGGGAGUGGGCGCGCGAGAUUGCUGCACUCACAGCCGAAUAUUUCGCAAAGAUUCCUGGCGAGGCGAGAAGAAGCGAUGCCAUUUUGCCUCCGCAGAUUACUCCUCGCACAGUACACAGAUCGACGCUAGCUGCAGAACACGUGGGCUCCCGUGAAACCACCAACACGAGGGCAAAGAGCAGCAAAAAGAAGGGCAAAAACAGCAAGAGAUGCCCCCCAAAAGAAGAAUCAAUGAUUGCUGCUGCGGCAGUAGCGGGUGACGGCGUGAUCGACACAAAGCGGGUGCUGAUGCGUUUGAUGCAAUCGGCUGGCUGUGAGAUUAGCGAGAGCAUGGAGUCGGAGAGCGUGACAGUCCUGGGAGACAAGUUCAGAAAACUCGCUGCGUCGAUUGUCACUCGACUGAGAGAUCCUAGCAUUUCUUCCGAUGACAAGACAGACGACGUCCGCAACGCUUGUGAGCUGAUUAAGGAUCUGGAACACCUUGUAGGCUCCUAUUCAGAGCCCAGCACUCUAAACUCUGCCCGCUUUCACAUCCGAGUCGUCAUGUGCUCCGAGGCUGUGUACUGCAUUCACUUGAUGCAGAAGCUGAGUCGAGUUGACCACGCUGCAACUGCUCUCGCUCCUGUACUAGAUCUCUGCGAUACGACCUCAGCCUAUGCAGAUUUUGUGAUCGGUACAGCCAAACUCUGCGUCUCGGUUGACAGAAAACCACAAGCUCGUGAAAUUAUGGAUGUACUGGAGAAGCGUCUGCUGAAGAUUCCACUCGCUGAGCGCGAACCAUCGGAGUUCCGAGAGCUCGUACAGACGUACUCGACUGCUCGCGACUCAAUGUGCUUGGGGCAGGCGUCGAGUCCUAAAACUUUUAGUCGUUUGGAAUGGUACUUGACCGACAAUGUGGAAGAUUACGAACAGCAGUUGGUUCUGGAUGGGAUGGUAGGUCGCCCGUUCUACUUCGAAUGCAGGCUGACCGCCGAAUCAAGCAAACUGGACGUUGCUCGUCUGAUGAUUGGUAUUAGUAUCAUUCCGGAUCUCGGAGACGUUGUGGUCUUGCUUACUGAGAUGCGUGUCAUCUAUGGCGGCACAAGUAAAGCUGAUGUGGCAAAUGUUCGCGACAUGGUAUUCCAGGUGGCCGAGAUAGCAAAAGUUCACUUUGACGAGCAGAGCUUGAAGCUUUGUGCGACUUCUGCCCACGUCGGAGAUUUCGUAUUUUCGAAUAAUGGGGUCGUCCGGAAAGCACCAGCGGCAUGA